UACCUUUAAUGAUGAUACUAUAUAACCUUUGCAACUUUUUUCACUUAAGAUUGUCUUUGAGAUUUAUUCAUGUAAUUCAUGUAGUUUAUUCGUUUUAACUGUUGUAACAUGUAGGAGUCCGUUGUAUAAGUAAUAAUUUCACAUCCUUUGCAAUUAUGUUAUUUGUCAUCUUUCACAGUGAAUGCUGAAAGUUAUAACUUGUGCUCACAUUGGAGAUAUUUUUCUCCAACUGACACCCAAAACUGAAAAGAGCUCAGUCCCAAAGGUGAUCAGCCCAUGACCUAGACCUCUAGACAAAAUAAAGCAGGGAAAAUUUGCUAGAAUCAAGAAUGAUGGAUCCAUGUUCAGUUGGAGUCCAGCUUCGUACUACAAAUGAGUGCCAUAAAACAUACUAUACUCGUCACACAGGUUUUAAGACUUUGCAAGAAUUGUCAUCAAAUGAUAUGCUUUUACUUCAACUUAGAACUGGAAUGACACUUUCUGGGAACAAUACAAUUUGCUUUCAUCAUGUGAAAAUUUACAUUGACAGAUUUGAGGAUUUACAGAAGUCAUGUUGUGACCCAUUUAACAUACACAAAAAACUAGCAAAAAAGAAUUUGCAUGUAAUUGACUUAGAUGAUGCCACUUUUCUGAGUGCAAAAUUCGGAAGACAACUUGUACCUGGUUGGAAGCUUUGUCCAAAAUGCACACAGAUAAUCAACGGAAGUGUGGAUGUUGAUACUGAAGACCGCCAGAGAAGGAAACCUGAGUCAGAUGGAAGAACUGCGAAAGCUUUGAGGUCAUUACAAUUUACAAAUCCAGGAAGGCAAACUGAAUUUGCUCCAGAAACUGGUAAAAGAGAAAAAAGAAGGCUUACAAAAAAUGCAACCGCUGGUUCAGACAGACAGGUGAUACCAGCGAAGAGUAAGGUCUAUGAUAGCCAGGGGCUCCUCAUUUUUAGUGGGAUGGACCUCUGUGACUGCCUCGAUGAAGAUUGCUUAGGAUGUUUCUAUGCGUGUCCUGCCUGUGGUUCUACCAAAUGUGGAGCUGAAUGCCGCUGUGACCGCAAGUGGCUGUAUGAGCAAAUUGAAAUUGAAGGAGGAGAAAUAAUUCAUAAUAAACAUGCUGGAUAACCUGUGAUAUCAAACUA